UAAUAAACUUUUGUAAAAAUGUAGAAGAUAAUAGUUGCCUUUCAAUACUAAACACAUUAAACGCACUUAAAUACAUGCGACAGCGGUAACGUUACGUCUAUAUAGGUUACAAGUUCGUUCUAAACAUUGACGGAUCUAUAGAUUUUGCGUUUGAUCUACUAUCUGUCAUUAUGUUGUCGCGAAAAAACAAAGAUUUAAGGACAAUUAAAGAAGGAGUUGUGGGGAAAUAUGUUAAAAAAGAAACUCCACCCGAAAUGCCUAUUAUUAAUGUAUGGACUACAGAACCGAAUAGAAGGACAAGGAAUCGUAAUAAUCAUCCAACUAUCCCUACAUCCAUGUCUAUUCCACAACAACCCAGUAUGGUACAAAAGUUUGGAAAUACUAAAACAACAAUGAGUGCAGUAGGUUUAGGAAGUCACGAGGGAAAGUAUACACCUAACAGUUCUGUUCCAGAUUUAGCUCAAAGAUUUGCCAGUCUGUCUGUUAAUACAAGCACAAGAGAUGGACUACCAUCUCGUACAGCCACCCCAAUGUAUCAUUCUGGCCUUUCGCCUGCUAUAUCUCAUACUUAUGUUAAUCAGUAUGCUGGAUCUGAGUAUCAUUUAGACAGAGUUCAAACACCACAGAUGCCUUAUAAAUCCUUUGAUAUUGACUCAGGUUAUGAAGAGUAUAAUCAUUCUGUGUAUCGUCAAAAUACAGGAUACAGUCGAUGUCAUUCAGAGAGAUCAAGUUCUAGGAAUGAGCAACAAGAAGAACUUCCUUUGCCUCCUGGAUGGUCUGUUGAUUUUACCCUCAGGGGUAGAAAAUAUUACAUAGAUCAUAAUACAAAAACUACUCAUUGGUCCCACCCCCUUGAAAAAGAAGGUUUGCCCACAGGUUGGGAAAGAAUAGAGUCACCCGAGUAUGGUGUUUAUUAUGUCAAUCAUAUUACGCGACAAGCGCAAUACGAGCAUCCGUGUUAUCCCCAUGAAAUACAAGCGGUCCGCGUUGUCUCGCCGCCACGUCAUACACACUUCCAUUCUCAUAGUGUCUUAGUCCCAGCGAAUCCCUACCUGAACGAGGAAAUACCUCACUGGUUAUAUGUAUAUAGUAGAGCUUCUGUAGCAUUAGAUCGUAAAUUACGAUGGGAGCUCUUUCGUUUACCUGAACUUGACUGUUUUAAUGCCAUGCUCACAAGAUUGUACAAACAAGAACUAGAAGAAGUAGUUAUGCGCUAUGAAGAGUACAGGUCAGCCUUAUUAUGUGAAAUGGAACAAAGACUAAAAGAAUUAAAUCCUGAAACUUCAAGUUCCUCAUCUGGAGCAAUUGCUCUACGACAAUCUUUACCAUAAGUAAAAUUUAAUGCAAAACAUUUCACAGCGUUUUACUGUCUGUGUAUUGACAAGAGAUUUUGCGAUAUACGCUGAAAAAAUUGA